UUUUUGAUUUGCCGUAUUCGCGACCUCUGCUGAGUAAUCGCGAUAUUGAUUGGAAGUCGCUGUGAACAGUGGAGUCACUGGGAGAAGACGAGACGGACAGCAGAAAAACAAAGAUGGCUGUGUAGUCCAGGAGGCGAUUUGCAAGCAGAGUCGCAAUACUGUCUGAUAAUCUCAUCGGAGGUCUGUCAGGUCCAAUACCUCUCGAUCUAUUUCGGCUGGGCUUAGAAGGAAGUCCGGAAUCGUGGUGCAGAACCGUGCCCCUGAUGGGCCGUGGUGCGGGCGCUGUCACAGCGAAUAACGACGUCAAUAGCACGACAGGGUCCGUUUUGUUCCAGAGCAGGGGAAAAACCUCAAGUAUUUUGAAAGGGUGAUAGCUAGCUAGCUAGCUAGAUAAACUUUUAGAGUGGUUAGCUAGAUAGUCACAUAGGUGGAGAUAACUGACUAGCUAUACAUUCUGCAUCAAACUAAAGGGAGGCUAGCCAGUUCAUUAGAUUAUUUGGUUAUUUAAACCUAAAUCGAAGCUUGUUUAUUUACGAAAUAAUUGCUCACACAGAGUUGGCUAGCAAGACGGUAAAGCCCACUAGCUAGCUAGCAAAGGUUGUUAGCUAGCUAGAACGCAACCCAGACCUUCGUAUUGUUAGGUUGAAAGUCGGAUAUAGCAAGACAGCUAGUUAGAUCAAAAACACAAGUGUGAAAAAACGAGAGACAAAUCAAUGUCCUCUAUGGAGGAGCGGGUGGAAGUAGGAGUUGCGGCAGCUCCGGGCUCUUCCUCUGCCGGGCUAGGUGUAGGGGCAGUGGGUGGCGCCCUGGAAGCGGUUGCGGGGGGUGCCGGGCUGGCCGGAAUACAGGAGGAGGCCGGGGUACGGAGAGAGGGGUCCGGGCCCGAAUCUGACCCGGACGCGCCGCCCAAGAAGCGGGUGAGACUCCAGGAAGGCGAGGCAGGGAAAUUGGAGGAGAGAUUGUAUUCCGUACUCUGCUGCACCGUGUGCCUAGACCUACCCAAAGCCUCCGUCUAUCAGUGCACGAAUGGGCACCUGAUGUGUGCAGGCUGCUUCAUCCACCUGCUGGCGGACUCGCGCCUGAAGGAGGAGCAGGCCACCUGCCCCAACUGCCGCUGCGAGAUCAGCAAGAGCCUGUGCUGCCGGAACCUGGCGGUGGAGAAGGCGGUGAGCGAGCUGCCCUGCGACUGCAGCUUCUGCCUGAAGCAGUUCCCCCGCAGCGGCCUGGAGCGCCACCAGAAGGAGGAGUGCCAGGACAGACUCACCCAGUGUAAGUACAAGCGGAUCGGAUGUCCCUGGCAGGGCCCCUUCCAUGAGCUGACGGCCCACGAGGCCGAGUGCUGCCACCCGACCAAGACGGGCAACGAGCUGAUGGGCAUCCUGGACGAGAUGGACCAGUCCCACCGCAAGGAGAUGCAGCUCUACAACAGCAUCUUCAGCCUGCUGUGCUUCGAGAAGAUUGGCUUCACAGAGGUGCAGUUCCGGCCGUACCGCACGGACGACUUCAUCACCCGUCUGUACUACGAGACGCCCCGCUUCACCGUGCUCAACCAGACCUGGGUGCUGAAGGCCCGCGUCAACGACUCGGAGCGCAACCCCAACCUGUCCUGCAAGCGCACGCUCUCCUUCCAGCUGAUCCUGAAGAGCAAGGUCAACUCGGCACUGGAGUGCUCCUUCCUGCUGCUCAAAGGGCCCUACGACGACGUCAAGAUCAAGCCCGUCAUCAACCACCACGUCUUCAGCAACGACACCAACGAGACUGACUACGUGCCUCUGCCCAUCAUCGACUCGGUCGAGUGCAACAAACUGCUGGCAGCCAAGAACAUCAACCUCCGCCUCUUUAUAUUCCAGAUCCAGAAAUGAUGGGGACACGGAGGGAGGGAGAGGAGGAGGGAGAU